UCACGGAAUUUUUCUUAUUACGUCUCAGAGGAGCAGUAAAACAAGUGUAAGUGCAGCAAAAUUAUUGUUCAUUUUCCAGGUGAAAUACGAAGAAAAUCAUGUGAAAUUCAGCGACUGAAGUAUCAGAAAACAAUAGUCUUUUGACCAAUCUUCGACGGGGGAUCGGAAUCCGUAUCCGUCGGGAUGUUGCAGUUCCUGAAAAAGACGGCGGUGUCGCGUAAAAACUCCCUCACUGGUAGCAGCAGCAGCAACAGUUUGGCGCAUCAAGAACCAUCAUCGAAAGCGACCUCGGCCGAUGAUGUCAUUGAUUAUGGUGGUGAACCGGCAAACGACGAGCAAGCCUUGCAGGAAGCGGAACGCUACUGGCUAGAAAGGUGGGAUAAUCCGCCGGAAGUUCGGUCGCGACUGUCCCGGAAUCUGCAGGAUAUUCUGGCCGAGCAGAGUUGCAUCUGCUACUUUGUGCAGUUCCUGGAAACGAAAGAUGCCCUCGCCUUGGUCAAAUUUUGGCUCGAUGUGGAGAGCUUCAAAGCUGCGGCAAGUGCGGACAAUGCACGUUUUGAUGGCCGCAAUGGCACCGGGAAACUGGGCACUGGGCAUCGUGGGCUGCAGAGAAGUGUAUCGUCGGAUGGGUACGACAGUUUGUCCUACCUGAGCGUGGACUGCGAUUCCAUUUCCACAUAUUCGGAGAACGCUUUCGAUGAUGGAACCACCACAACGGAUGAAGGUGAUCCGGGUUGUAGAACGUCGGGCAACUGUACGCCGAUUCCACCCGCCCUGGAAGUGGUCCUUGAAGAAGAGAAGCGACCCGUAGAAGACGACCACAAGCAGAUCCUGAAAGUGUGCGAUUUGACCAUGCGCCAAUCGUUGACCGACGACGAGAAGACGCAAAUCUGCGAAUCGAACAAGCUGAAGCUCGAGGAACCGCCUUCCGUGGCCAAGGUGGACGAAGGAUUCAACUCCCUUAUCAACUCGGAUGCGGUUCGCAUCUACCGGAAGUAUUUGGUGAGCAACUCGCCCUGCUACAUUGAAGUGCCGGCCACGAUUCUGUCGCGCAUUUCGUUGGCCCUGUGCGGUGGAACUUGUAGCGAGCGGAUCUUCGACGACGCCCAACAGUACCUGCUGGAGGUGAUGGAGAAGAGCUACCUGAAUGCGUUCCUGGAGAGCAGCUUCUACAGUAAAUAUACCUUUGAGGUUCUCUCGAGCGACAGUUUAACCUUGAAGGAUAUACUCUGCAGCGAGAUGGCUCUGUUCUACUUCAUGGAAUACCUGGAACAGAAGGGCAAACGGCACAUUCUGGAGUUUUGCGUGACGGCCAGCCACUUCCGCAGGAGCACCGAAAACAGCCAAGCCCAAUCGGAUGCCGUCGUGCUGUACGAGAAGUACUUCUCACUUCAGGCGACCUGUCCGUUGAACGUUAGUGAUAAAAUCCGUUUCCUGGUCGAGGAAGGGAUCUGUUCGCCGGACGCUGGAACGAUCAAAAAUUGUUUCGAAAUGCCUUCGAGGAUAAUUGAACGAUUCCUGGAGAAGCGCUACUUCCAAGGAUUCCUGAAAUCUCAACUCUACAAACAGUACCUCUCGGAGCUGCUGGGGAAGAUUAAGGCAACCGGUGAGACAACCGGAAGUAGCUUGGGAAUAGUGGCGGGUCGCAAGCAGAUAUUCUUCACCGAUCGGAACAGAUCAUCGAACAAUCCAAAACGUGGCCAUCGGAAAACUUUCUCGGACGUGACGAGUGAAAGAACCGGUCGAGCGAGCCAAUUCGUGUCCUCACAGAACACCCUCCUGGCAAUGUCCGAUACGGGCUUCCAUCGCAAACGGACCAACACGGUCGGAACGGCCACCGGAACUGACAUCAUGCAAAUCGAUUCCCGCCAACUGUACAAUCCGGAUCUGUUGUGGAGGCGAAACUCGGUUGCCGGGCUCACGUUCGGCCGGGUGGAUGCCCUGGGACGUUACGAGCGAGAUUUCGACAUCGUGGAGCCGCCCCAGGACGACGACCGUUGGAGCAAGAAUCGGCUGAAAAAAGCGAUGCGAAAGCUGGUCAACCUGCCCGAGGACAAGGCACAGGAGGAAUUGGCCUGGCAGGUGGCGGAAAUGAUCGUCAAGGACAUCACGAGCGUAACCAUGAGUGGCAGCGAAGGGGGCAUAGCUCAUCAUACGUGAUCGUGGUGCCUGCUCUCUGUUUUCUUUUCUCUUUUCUUUUUAUUCCAAUUUGCGAGUAUUUCGAACCGUUCGUAUUUUAGUCUUUAAAUCUUUCACAUGCGGUGACAAACAAAAGCUUAAGACCACCACAUUUAAAUUUUCCAUGUUCCCUGAAUUUCAGUAUGUUUAGCAUAUUACUAUUGUGAUUUUGCUUUUUCAGACGCAAAAUCACAACGGAAAUGUGCUACAAUUAUAGCAAUUCAGAGAAUGUGAAAAAUUUGAUUGAGGUGGUCUUAAGAUUUUUUCUGUCAAUUUACAUAUAUUUAUAUUGGAUAGGUUAUCAUUGAGUGGAAUUUUGUUAUACCACACGUCCAUUUUGUUAACUCGAAUAUGCGUCUUUAUGAUCUUUAUGAGUUUUUUUUUUUGAAGAUUUUAUCUCUUUGUUUUUCUCUUUAGAUGAUUAUAUUCGUAUUAGGAUAUUAAUUUAUGGUUGGAGCUAAUGUACAACUCAAAAAGACAUUUUUAAAUCUCUGUAAGUGACACACACAAUCGAACAAGUAAACUCUCUUCAACUUCAACUCGUAAGAAAUAAUUGAAACUCUAUGGUGCUUGAUACAUUUCGUAACGAAAACUACACUAGAUCAUACAAUACCUAAAGAAUACUAUUCCUGCUUUAUUAAUUAUCCUAUACUUAACCAACCCAGACCAAGCAGUCGCUGUCUUUCGUAGUGUCCCACAUUAUAUUACCGAUAAUAUAUUAUUGUUUAGUUGUAAUGAACGAAAAAAGUAUUCGCCGUGUUCGUAAAUCGUUUUUGGUUGGGAAAAUUGAGGGAGAAUGAUGAGUGCCAAUCUCGAGAAGAGUGUUGAUAUCUAAUUUAUGUAGGACCUGAUUUACCGUGGACAGAACAUUGAACAAAAAGUCAUUCGAUCUUGUGGGUGCGAAAAAAAAAUCAUAGGAAUGUGAGUGACGAGUCGAAAGCGUAAUGUGGAAGGACGUAUUAGGAGAAUGUAAAAUGUUGUAGAAUUAAAGAAAUCCGUGACAAAGAAGGCAGUAGUGAAAGCGAACUACCACUAGUGGCAGAGAUGGAUCUAGAAUUCUAAUAAAAAGUAUAUGAACAAAUAUA